CCGUUAAGAUGAAGAAGAACGUCACUUCCGCUCGCUGUGCGCGUUCGGUUUGGCAGGCAGGGUAGGAGUCGACGUCAGGAUGUUGCGGCUUCGCUGUAAGACCAAAAAUGGGAGCCACAUAAUGCAAGGCUUGACUUAUCAGUCCUGUGUCCAGGAGCUGAAGAGUAAGGUGGAGGAGUUAACAGGGAUCCCAUGUGAUGUGCAGAAGAUAAUGAUUGGUUACCCACCAUCCAGCCUCGAUCUUCGAAACUUAGAUGCCCAUUUAAAAGACUAUCCCAUCAAAUCAGGAGACACACUGAUUGUUGAGGAGGAAAAGAACAAACCAAAACCUCAGGACCAUCCCAUCGUGAAAGCUCCUCACUUGGAACUCUCACCUGUGCUAGCACGCCGAGUGGUCCCCGCCGACAACUCCUGCCUCUUCACCAGUGUGUAUUAUGUUGUGGAAGGAGGUGUGUACGACCCCGCUUGUGCCCCUGAAAUGCGCAGCCUUAUCGCUCAGAUAGUGUCCAGUGACCCUACAGCUUACUGCGAGGCAGUGCUGGGAAAAACCAAUGAGGAGUACUGCUCCUGGAUAAGACGGGAUGACACCUGGGGAGGCGCCAUCGAGGUGUCCAUUCUGUCCAAGUUCUACCAGUGUGAGAUCUGUGUGGUGGACACUCAGACAGUUCGGGUAGACAGGUUUGGGGAGGACGCUGGCUACCAAAAACGCGUCUUACUCAUCUACGACGGCAUUCACUACGACCCUCUGCAAAAAGAGCUUCCCAAUUCCGAUUCUCCUCCUCAGACUAUCUUCUCUACCACCGAUGACAUAAUCCUGGCCCAAGCCCUUGAGCUGGCAGAUGAGGCUCGCCGCAAGCGUCAGUUCACAGACGUUAACCGCUUUGCCUUGCGCUGCAUGGUGUGCCAGACAGGCCUGGUGGGACAAAAGGAGGCCCGUGAGCACGCCAAGGAAACAGGCCACACCAAUUUCGGUGAAGUGUGAAAGUAUGCGUUACCUUCCCUCCCUUUCACAGUUAGAACCACCUCCUACUCCUGUGCCCUCGUGUACAGCAAAGUCUGUUGGCCUGCUUGUGUUCCUCUACCUCACAUUAUCGUAUUUGCAGAAUCCUCAGACACUGUGUUAAGCCUCUUAAUUGGUUCAGUAUUACUUUUUAACCGCUGAAAGCUCUUAAAGUAAAAACCGCUACUGUAGUACUCUGUUACUAAUCCAUCAAUCUGGGUCGAUAAUGGAUCGUUUCAGAUGAUUCAGUGGAGUAAAUUAUAUAUGCAAACAAUUCUUAGGAUUUGUUUUGGUCUGUUGAGAAUACUCAUUGAUGGAACCAACGUGGCUUAUGCUUUGAGUUGAAAACGUACCAAAUUACAGCUACUUAAACCGCGACUGACCAAACUUUCUCUGCAAAGCGAUCCGAACGACGACUAAGAAUUAUUUGUCCUGCGAUGUGAUCCGAUUCACGGUUGUCUUAAACGCAGCACAGCAAGUAUGACUGUUAUCCGUGUUUGUUUUAUAGUGUUGGCUUGUUUUUUUUCUAUUUGCAGACAAAUGUCAGGAAGUGAUCAUUUAGCUAGCCUCAGAGAUUUACCUGUUGAGCACAAAGUGUGUUUUACAGCUAAGCUGGAGUAUUACAUCAUGUGCUUUUUUUGACAUCCCACUGAGUUUAUGGAGCAGUUGGCAUCAGAAUCUAAGACUUCUGUUUUAAUCUAAAGUGUCACUUGGCUAAGUGUCAGAAUGAACUUAAGUGUUGUUGUUUUUUUUGGUUAUUGUGUAAACAAUAAAAUUUACCAGUAGUCUUGUUUUGUUGAGUUCUUUAAAAUGACGGUGCUGUAAACUUUGACAAAAUCUGUGGCUCAUGACUUCUUUGAGUUGUUGAACAGGUUUUCAGGAGUUUGAAUUUCUAGCUUUCCAGGUUUUGCAUAUCAUGCUGUGAGUUCUUUUUUUUUUUUUUUUUGUAUUUUUGAACUGCUGCACAUACAAAAAAAACAUAAAAUGUACUAAAAAUGUAGUAACAGAAUAUUGUGAGAGGUAUAGUGUGUGGACUAUAAAUCCUAACUAUAAGGCAUGUGUAUACGAUCGCCUUGCUUGGAACUGUCUUUUAUAUCUUGUUUUGCUAAAUAACCUUAAUUGUUUACCUUAUCUAAUAUUUAAGGGGUUUUGCUCACUGUUUUGACUAUGAUUUAGGUUUAAAAUCUUAAGGUUGAAAACCCUUUAACAGCUAAUGCAACAAAAACUGCACCUUUUUGUGUGCUAAAAGGAAACACUUAUGAUAUUGGUGCAUGUUAGCUCAAGAUUGCCAGUCAUCUACUGUACAUUUUGCACAACUGGACACAUGUUCUCACAUUUUAUCAUUAAAUCAGGCACCACUGCUUUGCACGGAAUUGCUGUUCUUUAAACAUCAGGUCAGGAAAGGUUUAUUUUGAUAUUUUUUUUAGGCUGUUAUCUUGUCGCAUAAUGUUGGCAUAGAUCAGAAUUUCUUUUUUACACACAUUUUACUACAAUAUCGGUACUAAGUUGUUGCCAAGAUGGUGAGUUUGACUGUGGAAGAGUUGACUAAUACUUCUUAAUGAUUAAAGGGAGGUGGCAGGGGUUAAUGUGUGAUGAAAGGAUGAGUUGUGUUUUUAUACCUAUAUUGUGCAUCAUGUAAAUUAUGUUUUCUGCCUAGCAGUGAUUAUGUGUUGAGUUUGCAUUAAGGUGAAACAAUAAAGUAACUUGUUUGUAUUUACCAAGUUUUCAUAACUAACAACAAUUGAAUGUUGCAAACAAAGCACUAUGGAAUAACUGGAUUUACUUGAUUUUUUUUUUUUUUCCUUCAAGUGUUGUCAGAAAUAAAACCUAUAGCCAAAGA